UCCCGCCCCAGUCCUACCCCCUCCCUACUCCACCGGACCCCCUCCCCCUGUUAACUACCCCCUCAGCCCCUCUACCCACACGGCCAGAUGCCUCCAGGGGUUAAUGCCCCCUGGGUUCCCCCUCCCAACACCCAGCCCCACUCGCUGGGCCCCCCGCCCCUCCUACCCUCCGGACCCCCUCUCUCCAAGGAGGACUUCUACAGACAGCGGAGACUCCAACAGGAACAGGUAACGUCCAAGCUGGAUGAGUUCACUAAAGACUUUGCCAAAGAGUUGAUGGAAUACAGACCUGCUCCCAAGAGACGGAGACGCUCCUACUCCAGGUCUCGUUCCUACAGUCGUUCUCCGUUCAGCCGUUCCCCCUACUCCCGAUCUCCUCGCUCCCGCUCCAGGUCUUACUCGUACACCCCCAGCCGCUCCCGCUCCCGUUCCAGGUCUUACGGACGCUCCCCCUUCUCCAGACGCAACGGAGGCCGGGGAGGACGCAGCCGAUCCUACGGUCGCUCGCCACGGUCCCGCUCACGCUCCCGUUCCUACGGCUACCGUCGCUCCGGCUCUCCUCGCUCCCCUCCGCCUUACCGAGGUGGUGGUGGGGGGGGCUGGGAAGGAGGAGACGGAGUUGAAGGAGGAGGAGGAGGGGGGUAUCGGCCCAGGUCUCGCUCCCCGGGGGGCUACAGGAGGAGCAGGAGUCCUGGAGGGGUUAGAGGUCACCAUAAGCCCCCCCCUCGAGAGCCGGCUCCUUACGAGCCUAAAGGCGGACCUGACCUGUCUCCCGGCGGCAGGGAACGCUGGGAAAGAGACAGCUACAGACAGUGGGAGAAAGAGUACAGGGACUGGUACAACAAGUACUACAAAGACUACAGUACCCAGCAUGCCUCGGUGCACCACCGCGGUGGCCGGGGCAGCAGAGAGAGGGACCGCCUCACCCCUCCGCCCAGAGACUACUCCCCCCAGGGGCGGGUGAGGAGGGGUGAGAGAGGGGGACCUCCCGGACCCCACAGAACUCACCACGCCUUGUCCGCUCUGCCCUCUGCCUCCGUCAGGGGGGGCGGAAGUAAGGAACGCACGCAGGGGGGAACCAAAACGUCAGAGGGCGGAACUAAAACUCUGAAAGGGAAGAAACUGAAGAAAAAGAAGAACGGUGAGGAGGAUUCAGCCGACCAAUCGCUGGACAGGGGAGACGCCACACCCGUCAGGGACGAGCCAAUGGAUGAUCUCCACACCCUGACCCCUAGCAAAGCCCCACCCACCUCCACCAAGGUCUCGAGCAAUAAGGCAGCGCUGCUCUCCGGUAAAACCCCUCCCACCUCGUCCGGCCAAUCAGAGAAGAGCAGGAAGGAGAAGGUGGGUAAGCUGAAAGUAAAGACGGAGGGAAAGGUGAAAGGAGAGAAGGUUAAGAGAAAGACGGGAGGAGAGGCGACGGUCACAGCCUCUAAGAACAAAGAGUCUUCAGCCGCUAAACCAACCAAAGCAUCCAAGGUCAAACCGGACGAGCCAAUCAGGAGAGAGAAGGGGCGGAGCACCCCUACUGUUCGAGGAGGUUUGGCUAAACUCCCCCUGCCCCGCCCCCUCCCCCCUCACCCCCACGACCUCCCUAAACACCUGGGCGACGCCCGGGGGGGAAGGAGAGAUCCCAUUCACAGUGUCGGGGUACGCCCCCCUGGUCGCCCCCUCCAGCCUGCACCUCCCUCCCCAGCAGAGAAGAGGAGGAGAGUGGAGGAGAGGGAAAGGGGGAGGGGGAUGGACAGGGGGAUGGGGGGGCCCCCGGCUAAGCUCCGCCGCGCCGAGGGUCCGUACCCCCAGAGAGGACUUCCUGCCAAGCCUUCCCUCCUCCUGAACCUGGCAUGCAGAGAGUCGGGUAGAGGAGAGGGUCUGCUCCCCAUCCCUGGUUCCUCACAGACAGGGAGGCUAGACCGUUUCCAUCCCAUCUCAAUCUCCAUCCCUGGUUCCUCCAUGGACCUGGGGAGAGAGGGGAGAGGCGACGGGCUGCUGCCCACCCCAGGGAGCUCUGAGGCGGGCAGAAGAGAGAGUGACAGGGGGUCUAUCUGGCCUCUCAUGGGUCUGCAGGUCAAACCCUUCCCCCAGAGGAGAAUCAAACUGAACAGAGACCUGGGGAGGAACAGCAGUAUGGCCCGCCCAGAGGAGAGACCAGCUCCAGCUGCUAAUAUCACCACCACUAUCACCUCUACUGGAGAGAGACCUGCUGGUCCUGAGAGAGGAGGAGCAGAGAGGGAUGGAGGGACGGAGAGGGUGGCGGUGAUGGUGGAGCGGAGGUCGUCUGGCGAGAGGUCAGAGGCCAGGUCUGUUAGGUCCGAGAGGCCGUUGUCAGGGGAACGUUUGCCGGAGAGAGGAGGAGGAGGAAGGUCAGUCUCUCUAGACCGCAUGACCAUCGCGGAACGCUCGGCCAUCGCUAAGAAACCUGAUGUCACCGGGGAGAGAACAGAGAGCGAGUACACGCCGCCCGCUGAGAGAGAGAGACCAGCUGAGAGCUCCAAGGAGAGAGAGAGACCAGCUGAGAGCUCCAAGGAGAGAGAGAGACCAGCAUCAGCCAAGACGGACAGGUCAUCUUCCAGGGAGAAGUCAGCCACCAGGGAACAGAAAGGAGAGAAGACCUCGUCCUCCGUAGACAGACCUGCCUCUACAGGGGAGCGAGCGGCAGGGUCCCAGAGAGAGACUGUAGCUGAAGACAGAGUGGUAGUGGUGGUGAAGGAGGGUUCUGGUUCUGGAAAGACCAGAAAGAUCAGCAGAAAGAGUUCUGAGCCCACCACCCACCACUCAUCAGACCACUCUGUCACUUCAACUGGCAGCAGCAGGUCUGAGCCGAGCCAGAGCCAGGGUGCUGUGUCAAAACCCCGGGACCUCCAGACCCAGAGGAGACCCAGUCCCGUCCAGUUCCCCAGCCCAGGCAGGGAGAGGAGGGACCGUGGGACCGGAGGAGUCCUCAUCCAGCCUCCACCCCGGUCCAAGUGGGAGAGAGAGGAGGAGGAGGAGGAAGAGGAGCAGCACUCAGCGUCCAGGGAGAAUGGGGCGUUGGCGGUUUCCUCCUCCGUGCCCAGAGACGCUCUGAGGAGAGAAGUCUCACCAGCACCGCCUAGUGGCCAAGGCAGGGACGUGCAGGGUAGUGUCUCUAAAACAGCCAACACAGAGGGGAGGAGAGGGAGGGAGGAGGGGACUAGAAGGAGGGAGGAAGGCAGAGGGCUUAAAAAGGGGCAGAUGAACUUUAGAAAACCAGCUAAGACCGAAUCCAGAGGAGUAAAGGAGGAAGGAAGAGGAGGGGUAGGGAGGGAGGAGAGUCGAGGGGCGGGGCCAGAGCCAAGGCGACAGCGUCUAUGUUCUGACCUGGGUAGAGAGACGGACGAGGCAGCCUUCGUCCCCGACUACAGCGAAGGGGAGGGGUCAGACGGGGAGCGGGGCAGUGGCCUGAGCCACAGCCCCUCUCACAACACCCAGAGCCCCGCCUCCCAGAGCCCCGGCGGCUCCCCUAGCAACCACAGCGGCUCCACGGCGACGGACAAGAAGAAGAAGAAGAAACACAAGAAACAUAAAAAACACAAGAAGCACAAGAAGCAUUCUGCCGACGUUGAGCCUCCCGUCGAAGGAAGGAAGGAACACAAACACAAGAACAAGAAGAAGAAGCACAGGAAGAAUAAAGAGGAAGAGGAAGGAGGGGAGGCAGAGGAGAAGACUGGGCAGGAGUCAGCCACCAUCUGAGACCCUGCUAGCUCCGUUAGCAUCUAGCUCAUGGUUACAACCUGAGUUUUUCUAGUUCAUGCUAGCUCUUUUAGCAUCUAGCUAAAGACUACAACUGAGACUGCUAGCUCAUGCUAGCUCCGUUAGCAUCUAGCUAAUGGUUACAACCAGAGUUUGCUAGUUUAUGCUAACUCCGUUAGCAUCUAGCUAAUGGUUACAACCAGAGUUUGCUAGUUUAUGCUAGCUCCGUUAGCAUCUAGCUAAUGGUUACAACCCGAGUUUGCUAGUUUAUGCUAGCUCCGUUAGCAUUUAGCUAAAGGUUAAAACUGGACAAAACCUUAUUGGGGGAUACUUUUGUCAAAUUCUUUUAAAUACUUAAGCUGAGCUGGAUAUAGUUUGUUUAUCUAUAAUGGAACCACUGGAAUAAGUGGAGCUCACCUCAGACAUUUGUAAGUAUUUUGUGUUUUCUGUUACUGUGAUGCUGUCUCUCUGAUGCAGGUUCUCUGUGAAUGUGUUUUUGUACAAAGAUGAUUAUAUUCAAUUACCCUGAUCUAUGACUAUAAGGUGUCUGAAACUCUGAAGUGUCCCAAAUUUAACCCUGUUCACUAUAUAGUACACUACGUUUGACCAGAGUCGUAUGGGCCCUAGUCAUUUAGAGCCCUAGUCCAAUGGGCCCUAGUUUUGCAGGACUCUGGUCGAAUGUUGUUCACUUUAAAGGGAUUAGAGGUUAAUUUGGGACACCUCCCUGAUGUAUAGUAGGUUAUAUCAUCAUGUUCAUAUGAACUGAUCUGAAGCCGGGGCUAACUGAUCUGAAGCCGGGGCUAACUGAUCUGAAGCCGGGGCUAACUGAUCUGAAGCCGGGGCUAACUGAUCUGAAGCCGGGGCUAACUGAUCUGAAGCCGGGGCUAACUGAUCUGAAGCCGGGGCUAACUGAUCUGAAGCCGGGGCUAACUGAUCUGAAGCCGGGGCUAACUGAUCUGAAGCCGGGGCUAACUGAUCUGAAGCCGGGGCUAACUGAAUGGUGACUAGUGGAAGUUACUGUUAUUAAACUUUCUGACUGUUGUCUUUUCAUUUAUUGUUUGGUGAAUAAAACCUGUCUAAUGUUUAUUAUCAGAA